GGGCGAAGGCGUGACCUGUGGAGGGUUGAUUGGCAGGAAUGGGGGGACGGAGACAGGAGGGUUCGAAGAAGCCGAUAUGACCGCCAUCUUGAAGAGUCGAUGAUGGAAGAAAUCUGCUGCAUCUUAACCUAAUUCAGUCUCUAAUCUUCUAAUACUGUAGACUGAAAGAUUUUGCUGUUGCCAGGAUACCUUGUGAUGGGCAAAGAGCCAAGAAGACUAGACUUUUUUUCCCUUUAUAAACUUUUCUUUUAACAGGGUCCUGGUCUCCUGUUGAAAGUGAUGGAAUAAUCUGGCCAGCACCUGCCAUAUUGAGAAACCAGCUCCUAAAACAGCUUGCCUGGGAGAAAGCUUGUGAAAUAACGCAGUAACAUGUUUGCAGUAACCAGCAUGUUUUGGAAAUUUGAUCUUCAUUCAUCAUCCCAUAUAGACACACUUCUAGAGAAAGAAGAUGUAACACUGAAGGAACUGAUGGAUGAAGAAGAUGUGUUACAAGAGUGUAAAGCUCAAAAUCGCAAACUUAUAGAAUUUCUUUUAAAAUCGGAAUGUCUGGAAAAUCUAGUAUCAUUCAUUAUAGAAGAGCCACCUCAAGACAUGGAUGAAAAGAUCAGAUACAAAUAUCCAAAUAUAUCUUGUGAGCUGCUUACUUCCGAUGUUUCACAGAUCAAUGAUAGACUGGGUGAAGAGGAAUCAUUACUAAUAAAACUGUAUAGUUUUCUUCUAAAUGAGCCACCUCUAAAUCCAUUAUUGGCCAGUUUCUUUAGCAAGGUUCUGAGUAUUCUUAUUAGCAGAAAACCAGAACAGAUUGUGGAUUUCUUAAAGAAAAAGCAUGAUUUUGUAGAUCUCAUAAUAAAGCACAUAGGAACCUCUGCUAUUAUGGACUUAUUACUCAGGCUACUGACAUGCAUAGAACCUCCACAGCCGAGGCAAGAAGUAUUAAAUUGGCUAAAUGAAGAGAAAAUUAUUCAGCGGCUUGUGGAAAUCGUGCAUCCUUCUCAAGAUGAAGAUAGACAGUCAAAUGCAUCCCAGUCACUUUGUGAAAUUAUACGUUUGAGUAGAGACCAGAUGCUACAAGUACAAAACAGUUCUGAACCAGAUCCACUGCUUGCAACACUAGAAAAACAAGAAAUUAUAGAACAGCUGCUAUCAAAUAUUUUUAAUAAAGAGAAAAAUGAAUCUGCAAUAGUCAGUGCAAUUCAGAUAUUACUGACUUUACUGGAAACAAGACGGCCAACAUUUGAAGGUCACAUAGAGAUUUGUCCUCCAGGUAUGAGCCACUCAACAUACUCGGUCAAUAAAAGUGUAUUAGAAGCCAUAAAAGCACGACUUGCAUCUUUCCACGAACUGCUUCUGGAACCCCCCAAAAAAAGUGUUAUGAAGACAACAUGGGGUGUACUGGAUCCACCAGUAGGGAAUACUAGGUUAAAUGUGAUUAGGUUAAUAUCCAGUCUUCUACAGACAAAUACGAACAAUGUCAACCAGGAACUUAUAGAGCUCAACAGCAUAGGAGUAAUACUGGACAUGUUUUUUAAAUACACAUGGAACAAUUUUUUACAUACUCAAGUAGAAAUUUGUAUUGCACUGAUUCUUGCAAGUCCUUUUGAAAGCACAGAAAAUGGUACAGUCCCAGAUCCAGAUCCCACUAGAAGCAAUCUUUUGCUGAAACACCUUUUCCUUAAGUGCCAUUUAAUAGAACGAAUACUUGAAGCAUGGGAUAUGAAUGAAAAGAAACAAGCUGAAGGAGGAAGACGGUAUGGUUACAUGGGUCACUUAACAAGAAUAGCAAAUUGCAUUGUGCAUAGUACUGAUAAAGGACCCAACUGUACACUGGUGCAGCAACUUAUUAAAGAACUUCCAGAUGAAGUCAGGGAACGAUGGGAAUCUUUCUGCACAAACUCUUUAGGCGAAACCAACAAGAGAAACACAGUCGACUUAGUUACUACUUGUCACAUUCAUUCAUCCAGCGAUGAUGAAAUCGAUUUUAAAGAAACUGGCUUUUCACAAGAUUCUUCACUGCAAGAAGCCUUUUCUGAUUAUCAGAUGCAACAAAUGACGUCCAAUUUUAUUGACCAGUUUGGCUUCAACGAUGAGAAGUUUGCUGAUCAAGAUGACAUCGGCAAUGUUUCUUUUGAUCGUGUAUCAGACAUCAAUUUUACCCUCAAUACAAAUGAAAGUGGCAACAUUGCUUUGUUUGAAGCAUGCUGCAAGGAGAGAAUACAGCAAUUUGAUGAUGGUGGCUCUGAUGAAGAAGAUAUCUGGGAAGAGAAACAUAUUGCUUUUACUCCAGAAUCUCAGAGAAGAUCCAGUUCAGGCAGUACAGACAGUGAAGAGAGUACAGAUUCUGAAGAAGAGGAUGGAACAAAGCAAGACCUGUUUGAAUCAAGCACCAACACAGAAGACAAAAUGGAAGUAGAUUUGAAUGAAACACCUAAUUGGUCAGCUAACUUUGAUGUUCCUAUGGAAACCACACAUGGCACUAAUCUGGAUUCCGUUGGAUCUGAUGUAUGGAGCACAGAGGAACCAAUGCCAGCAAAAGAAACUGGUUGGGCUUCCUUUUCAGAUUUCACUGUAAGUUCAAAAGAAUCUUUGAGAAGUAAUUCACCUGUGGAAAUGGAAACCAACACCGAACCAAUGGAUCCUCUGAAUGCCAGUGUAGCUGCCCUUGUGACCCAGCCAGAAAAUGUAGGAAGUAUUUCAAUGGAAGCUGGUUCUGAUGGAGAAGAUGAUACAGAAAAUGCAGAUAAAGUGACUGAAACAGUAAUGAAUGGCAGCAUGAAGGAGACUCUUAGUCUUACUGUAGAUGCUAAAACUGAGACUGCUGUCUUCAAAAGUGAGGAAGGAAAACUGUCUACCUCGCAAGAUGCUUCUUGUAAAUAUGUGGUGGAAGAGAAUGCAGAUGUUGGAGAAGAAAGUCCUGUAGCUCCGCAGCCCACUUGCAGCAACCUGGAGCAGAGGACUGAUCAACAAACCAUUCUAGCAGAGGCAUCUGUUAAUGGCCCUGUAUGAUUUGUGAUAUUGACGGAUUAUAACUGAAGAAUAUGAACUGAUUUCAAGAUUUGAUUCUUGAGGAUUUCAUCUAGAACCUAUUGGAGCCAGUCACUGCUGCAUUUAAUUUCACAAGAGAUCAGGACCAGCAACAUUUAUAUUCUAGAUUUUGAGACAUUGUACAGAAAUUCAUAAGUGUAAAAAUUGCACAUUGAAGAAUACCAAGAAAUUUUUGCGUAUGUUUAUAUUGUAUUGUUCUAAAUGAUGGGUGAUUGUGAAAUAAGAACUUGCCACCCAAGUAACAUUAGUAAUGAUACUAUAGUUAAAAAUGGCUGUAAGAAUAGUUUUAUAUAAAAAAGUGAAUACAUAAAUCUAAUGUAUUUGAGGCAUACUAUUUGACAAUUAGUGACCAAAGUAUGUAGCAAUUUUCAUAAUUUUUCACCCAAAACAUUUUUAAGUCUAUUUUUCUUUCAUUUUGGCAAAGAAAUUGUUCAAAUGCAAUGCCCUUUAAAUGUUUGGUUGCUUUAGAUUUAAAACAAUGAUUUAAAAAGAUUUUUUUGUGUUUGACAUACUACAGCAGGCUUUCAACUGGUAAUUGUUUUCUGUAUUGUUUAAACCAGAUCAAAAUGUAAGUCUAUCGGUAGAGAUUUUAAGUAUUUAUUACUACGGCUUAGUUGACAGAUUGAUGUUACUGUAAAGCCAUAUGUUCUGUUAAGUCUUGUUUGCUUGAAACAAUACCUUACAGGUGAAACACUAGAAUAUUUUGAAGUGCACAUGGCUUGUUGUGUAUUUUUAAGACUCACCUUUUUUAACCCAUUCACCAAGAUGUACUUUAAUUUAGAGCAUUACAAAAUUACCCAUUUUGAAACAAUCUUCAUAUUUAAAACACUGUAAUCCUUUUGACAAAUCAAAUAAAUAUAACAAAUGCCCAUGCUGCUCUUGUAAUUAAAGUUCAUAUUUUAAAGAUAAAAUGUCUUUAAAUAUCCAAAUUGGGCACUUGAGCAUGUUAAUUGUUAUAUUUUCACUGUUUUGAUCUGUGUGAAGAUUUCAUUUGUAAGUUUUAAACCAGUUUUUUUCAUAACUGGGUUGUGUAUAUAUAUAUAGUGAUUAUGGAAACUAAUUGUAAUUUAUAAUUUUCUAUGUCAUAAAAUUCCAGCCGCCUUUUCAAACAGAAGCAAUAUAAUGUAUAUUGCCACAUUCUUUGGUGGAAGGGUUAAAGAACACCUCUUGCACUUUUAGGUGCAAAAUCCACUUUUCUUUCUUUCAAAAGAAGUUAUUCAUGUAUUUUUACAUCAUAUGUUUUCCUGACCAGUAUUUAAAAGCCAAAAGGAUAUUCUAAACAAUGGCCAAUGAUUUAUUUUAGAAAGUGUCCCAAGCUAUGUGCCUAAUAUUACAUUGCAUACAGAAAUAAAAACAAAUGUAUACUGGU